CCUUUUGAGUUCGCGACCUCCGAACAACGUCACUCCACAUGUGCCUGUUUACAUUUUGUGGACGAGUGUUCAGAGAAACUGCGCCGAAAGUGGAAUUUAUACGACGAAAACCUGUUACUUCAUUUUAAAAAACCAAAACUGCGUCUAAAUAAAUAAAUAAACCGAAUCUUAUGCGAAGCUGAACUGCGCUGGAGACAUGGCGGGAAAGACGGAGACGGGGGUCGUGAAGUGCCCGGUGUGUUCGGGGGAUUUUGAGCCCAGCAGGAUUAACUCACACCUGGAUGAGUGUCUGCUGGACCACCAGACCCCGAGCAGUGAAAACACGCCGCCCGCCAAGAAAGCUCGAGUCAGCGAUGAAGCUGGAAGCUCAGGAGGGGCAGGAGGGGUGAAGACCGAGAGAGCCGCUGGCGUGUUUUCACUCUUUCACACCAAAACUGCAGAAGCUAAAGCGACUGAGAGUGAAAAGGAGCCAAAUACGACCACGACCUCCUCCUCCUCCUCCUCCACCACCUCAGCCAUGAGGCGGGAGUCCUUGCUGAACACAGACAAACCGCUGGCGGAGCAGCUCAGGCCGACCACCCUGGAGGAGUACUUUGGGCAGAAUAAAGUGGUGGGAGAGCAGACUCUGCUGAGGUCUCUGCUGCAGUCCCAGGAGAUCCCAUCUCUGAUCUUCUGGGGACCUCCAGGAUGUGGCAAGACGACCCUGGCCCAUAUCAUUGCCAGCUCCAGUAAAAAGAAGGGAACAGCACGCUUUGUGACUCUCUCUGCCACUAGUGCUUCAACUAACGAUGUGCGAGAGGUCAUUAAACAGGCCCAGAACGAGCUCCGCCUCUGCAAGAGGAAAACGAUCCUGUUUAUUGAUGAGAUACACCGUUUUAAUAAAUCCCAGCAGGACACGUUUCUGCCUCACGUGGAGUGCGGGACGAUCACACUAAUCGGGGCCACCACCGAGAACCCCUCGUUUCAGGUGAACAGCGCCCUGCUGAGCCGCUGCAGAGUGCUGGUACUGGAGAAGCUGUCUGUGGCUGCGAUGGGCUUGAUCCUGCACCGGGCUGUGGAUUCGCUCGGGCUGCGUGUGCUGCCGGACGAUGCUGUGGCACAAAAGCACCUAACUUCUUCAGAUCGAUGCUCAGAGCCUCAGGUGUGGAUUGAGCAGAAAGCCCUGGACACCAUUGCUCACCUGUGUGACGGAGACGCUCGAGCGGGGCUCAACGGGCUGCAGCUGGCCGUGCAGGCGUGUGUGGCCAAAGCCCGCAACACAAACACACACAUACUUCAGCCCAUCGUGGUCCAAGAGGUGCACAUCAAAGAAGGCCUGCAGAGAUCACACAUCCUCUACGACAAGGCAGGUGAGGAGCACUACAACUGUAUCUCAGCCUUACACAAGUCUAUGAGGGGCUCAGACAAGAACGCUGCCCUCUACUGGCUGGGCCGGAUGUUGGAAGGAGGUGAAGACCCGCUGUACGUGGCACGCAGGCUGGUCCGAUUCGCGAGUGAGGAUGUGGGUUUGGCUGAUCCAGCAGCGCUCCCUCAGGCUGUGGCUGCUUUCCAGGCCUGCCACUUCAUCGGCAUGCCUGAAUGCGAGGUGAUCUUGGCCCAGUGUGUGGUCUACCUGGCCAGAGCUCCAAAGUCUGUAGAGGUAUACAUGGCUUAUAACAACGUUAAGACCUGUCUGAGGAACCACAAAGGUCCCUUACCUCCAGUUCCCCUUCACAUUCGCAAUGCCCCAACCAAGUUAAUGAAGGAACUAGGCUAUGCUAAAGGCUACAAAUACAACCCAGCAUUUAACGGGCCAGUGGACCAGGAAUACCUCCCCGAGGAACUCCGUGGAAUCAACUUUUUCACCUGGAAACCUACUGAUCUUUGAUCUCUCACCUUUUGUAGGUGCUUCUUCUAUGCUUUUGCCAUUUAUAAUCAAGCAGUUUGCACUUCAAUUGAAUGUCCUUCCACAUUCUGUGAUCAGAUUAAGUUUGCGUGGAUCUGGUCCUGCUGUCCAGCCUUGUUCUGUAACCAACAUGCUGUAAAGUUUAUGUCAGAAAUCAUAAUUAAAACAUAUCUACCAGUUUUUUCCUUUUUGA